AUGUGCAAACAGAUUUUCCCAUCGGCUCCUUGCGCGUCGCGCGUGAGACGUGUGUUGGGCGUGAACCCUAGCCCCCCAAUCCAGAGCCGCCACACCUUCCCCCUCCUCCUUCCCUCGUCCGCCGCCGCACUCCCUCCCUCCUCCCUCGUCGCCACACCCUCCGCCCUAGCACCGCGCGCUCGUUCUGUCGUCUCAUAUACCAUCGCUGCCGGCCCCUGCCAUGGUGUCGCGGCGCUCUUCCUGCGCCCUCGCGUCCGACCUCACCAGGUCCUCGAUCUCGGCCUCAUCGGCUUGCUGCGGCGGCCGCUCUCGACGCCGUCCUUGCGACACGACAGCGGCAAACCCGAGCGGUGA